AUGGGGGAGGAGUUGGAAAUGGAAGGCUUGCCAAGAAGGCAAAACAGUAAAAAGUAUAAAAUGCUUGAAAAGAGAAUGAGGAAGCGGUCUCCCCCUUUCAGUCCCCAAAAUAUUGAGGAUCAGUCUAGGUUUUUUGAAAUUUUAACAUCUAGAGUCCUAGCGGAUGUUGAUCAAAUGAAUUUUAUCGGUAACUUCUUCCAGGUUGAAUUAACGAAGAAAGAAGAAAACCGAGAGCGCUUUCCAACUCUACGAAUAUUAUAUUCCACCCUUCCCUCUCCAAACUACCAUUCGACAUUAAGUACAAUUGGCAAAGAAAAUGAGUCAUUAAAAAGACCCCUAGGUCCUACACCAGAGAGCCAGGGUAACUGCGACACCUUUGCACCAGUUGUCAGCUACUCGUCGGCACUCUACUCAAAAUUCAGUGCUCUCGCGCCAGUUACAUGUACCAGUAACUCGGAUAAUGAUAAGGGUCGAUUUAGUCAGGCGGAAGACUCCAUACUGACAACUUUGAGGCGAACAAAUCCAGACAAUAUGUGUAAAUUGGAGAAAAGGAUGAAGGAACAGAGCAAACAAAAUGUCUUAGAAAAAGUCGAAGUCUUAAAAGCCCUCCUGGCCAGAUGGACCUUGGAUUGCGAGCAAAUUAAAAUCAUCUUAAACUUUAUAGAAGAUAAGUUGUCUAAAGGAGAUAGCGGUACCUCGGCUAAAAGGGUCAAGUUUACAACGCUCUAG